GGUUUAUACAUUUCAUUGCCGAGAGUGAGGUUAGAGAAGAGCCUUCGACGGAACACACUUUGUUCGAUUUUUCCACCGUCACGCAAAAAUGAAGACCAUCCUUUCAUCCGAAACCAUGGACAUCCCUGACGGCGUUAGCAUCAAGGUUAACGCUAAGGUGAUCGAAGUCGAAGGUCCUCGUGGAAAGCUUGUUCGUGAUUUCAAGCAUCUUAACCUUGAUUUUGAUCUCAUCACUGAUGAGAAUGGUAAGAAGAAGCUGAAGAUCGAUGCCUGGUUUGGUUCCCGGAAAACCUCCGCCGCCAUCAGGACUGCUCUUUCUCAUGUUGAGAAUCUCAUUAGAGGUGUUACUAAGGGAUUCCGUUACAAGAUGAGGUUUGUGUAUGCUCAUUUUCCUAUCAAUGCUAGCAUCACCAAUGAUAACAAAUCUAUUGAGAUCCGAAACUUUUUGGGUGAAAAGAAGGUGAGGAAAGUUGAUUUGCUUGAUGGAGUUUCGAUUGUUCGAUCUGAGAAGGUGAAGGAUGAGGUUGUUUUGGAUGGAAAUGACAUUGAACUUGUUUCAAGGUCAUGUGCCCUUAUUAACCAGAAAUGCCAUGUGAAGAACAAGGAUAUCAGGAAGUUUCUUGAUGGUAUUUAUGUCAGUGAGAAGGGCUCAGUAGUGACUGAAGAAUAGAUGGUGAUAAUUAUAAGCUUAUCUUUUUGUAGUUUACUUCAAGUUUCUGUUUGUGGAUUUGUAUCUGUUUUGUCUCGAUUAAUUGUCACAUUUUACAUUUGCUCGUUGAGGUUGGAUUUUUUGCUAUCAAAGUUUUCUCUAUAUUGUUCUUAUAAGCGUUAUUCUUCGUUGUUA